AUACGCGUGUAGAAAUUUGAUAAUCACAAUUUCACCAAACUCCACGAAUUUUUAUACCAAGAAUUGAUGAUCACGAUCACGAGGGGUGGAUUUUUUAUGAAAGACGAGACUACUGAUGGAAAAAAAUAACCGUCGAAAAUUUUCGGAUAAGGGAUAACCACUAUCUUACCGCAAGAUUUCUUCAAAUUGUAACACGCAGAAGGCAGCUUUUUCCAAUCAUCGACGUACCGCUUGGACAGAUACAAAAUACUGUUAACCACAACAAUUACGGAAUCCUAACCCUAAAAAGAACGCUCGUUCUGACUGAGCAUUCGGAUAUUUUCGCAUGUGCUUAACGAUAAGUGUUUCGUCUUACUACACUAUCGUUGAUAAAAGAUACAGCAAUCAGCUUCAACAUGGAUGAUGACUCAGAUUUUGUUAUGAUAAAAAGAAUAAAGAUGGAACCAGAAGCAAUUUUAUCACAGGAAGAUGAUAUAAUGGCGCAGCUUCAGCAGGAGAGUUCAGAUCUGGAAGUAGAGCCCAGUUUUGCACUGGACGGAGUAACUAAUGGAGACGAUGCUAACGAAGGAGUACUGAUGCAGCACAUGGACAUAAGAGAGCCGUUAUCAACCUUAAGAAAUCUGCUUGAACAAAGACUCGGUGUUGAAUUAAUGGACUAUUCCUUCUGGCUCCAGGAUGCUCAAAUGCUUGAGAGUCACAAAAAUUUGGUUGACCAAUGCGUCCAGGGAGAGGGACUAGUACAAGUUAAUGUACAAAUAAAAGCCAAUCAGAGACGUAUUAAUAUUGUGGAUGUCUUAAAACCUGCCGAAGAUUACAUCGAGUUGGCUGAAAACACAUCAGAGCAAAGCUCAGCGGCGGCAACACCCAAUGAAGAGGGAAAGCAGAAUGUUAUCAGGUGGAUGGUAGACCCGCAGUACAGGAAGGAACAGGAACGUCUGAAAAUACCAGCAAGUCCCAAAGACUGGUCUCAAGCCCAUGUAAAGCAUUGGUUGCAGUGGGCUGUCAGGCAGUUCAAUUUAGUUUCCCUGAGACUAGCCGACUGGAACAUCACAGGGUCACAACUCUGUAACUUAACCCUUGACGAAUUUCAAUCAAAAGUUCCACUUGAUCCUGGUGAUGUUUUUUGGACACAUUUGGAGUUGCUCAGGAAAUGCAAGUUUGUUGCUGUUGUCCAGAAGGAUCCUCCCAUGGCAUCAAACGGUAAUACUGACGAAGUUAAGUCUGCAAAGAUCAGAAGUCAGAAGACCCCAAAAGCUCGUAAUUUGAAUCAGCAGCCCCGGUUGGUGAGCGUUCCGAUGGGAAGUGUUGACUCACCUGGAAUAACGAUUGCGACGUCAAACCGAACGGGAAGCAACGGCCAAAUCCAACUGUGGCAAUUUCUGUUGGAAUUAUUAACGGAUCGAGAGCACAGAGGAGCGAUUCAGUGGCUAGGAACGGAAGGGGAGUUUAAACUGAAUCAACCUGAAGUAGUCGCUCAGCUUUGGGGAGCCCGAAAAAAUAAACCUUCGAUGAAUUACGAAAAAUUAAGCAGAGCGCUCCGGUAUUAUUACGACGGGGACAUGAUAUCGAAAGUUCACGGAAAGCGAUUUGUAUACAAGUUUGUUUGCGACCUUAAACAGCUGUUAGGAUAUUCUGCGGCGGAACUUAGUCGGCUUGUCGAAGAAGGUAGAAGAUACUUCUGAAAAGAAUAUGACAUGCGGUAAUACGCAGUCAACACACUUAAGAUGUUAUUACAGUUGGAGUAUUUGCCAAUAAAAAGUUCAAUUAACGAACGGCAAGCAAGCCAAAAUUUACAUGGACCUUAUCAAGAAUGGAUUAUUAUUACUUUGCCGCCACGCGAUUUAAAUUCAUCGAAGAAAAAAAUUGCAACGGAAGAAUUGCCCUUCUUUCAAAUUAUUCUUACUUCUUGCUGUGGUUUUAAUACUUUCAACGUCCAAGCUCUUUUUUUAUGGAUUACAUUUUGGAAACGUAGUUUUCAUAAUGAAGACAAGGUUAUUAAUGUACACAGGUAUGUGAAAGGAGUCAGCUUUAGGUGCAAAGAUCCACUUAGUCAAAUUGAGUAAUGCUCCUGAAAUCCAAAAUCAAAGUAAACUAUUUACCAAUCAAAUAAUGGUAUUGGCUAGCUUUGUCAUAAAAAUUUUUUUGCAGGACAUUCCUAAACCAAAAUUGACUCCACGUAUUGAUACCAUAUAUAUUUUAAUUCGAAUUCAACUAAAGAGGAAGUAGUUAUGACUUUUGGUUUCGCUUUCGUAACAUGCUACAAGAUUUAAGCCUACCUGCAUACUCAUAUUAUUUGUUGACAGAACCUUGCAAUUGUUUGAUCUUAUUUGAGUAACAUAAGGGAUGAUAUAUAUAUAUAUAUAUAUAUUCGUAGAUAAUAGGUCGUAAAAUUCAGAAUAGCGUUAAUAACAAUUUUGACAUUAGAAAUUCUGUAUUUUUUAUAUCAACGGAGAUUGUAGAUGUAUAAAACAAGUUUUUACCAAAUAAUGCAAGAUUGAAUAAUUGCAAUUAUUUUUAUUAAUAUAUCUAUAGUUUAUAUAGACUAACGGUAAAUAUCUGUAUAUACAUUACAUGCAUAUAGUAUAUAUCCUAGGUACACGUGAAAGGUUGUACAACUGUUGAUGGUAAAAAUUUAUUUCAAUGAUGAAAAUGAAAUAAACGAGAAUUAUUUAGUUAUUUCUCGAUAAA